AUGUGCAGAGCGCAGCCAGCCAGCGAGGCGCGACUUACCGGCGGCGGAGGCCUCCCGGGCUACGGCCGCAAAUACGGUAUAGCCGCCUCCGGGCGACGUCCCUCAGGCGGCGCCCCUACAUCCGCAUAUACGGUCUUCAAGAUCUGCUUUGCCAGGACCUGCCGGGAGUUUUGCCCUCAAGCCGUCCCUCCACCACCUCCACCAGGCAGAAAGAAAGGACCCUUUCACCUCCAGAUCUCCCUUUCCAUGGCGCACCGCUCACCCGCCUCCCCCUCUUCGAAGCCACGGACAGCCCCCUUCCCUGCACGGCUCAUCCCUGGCUCCCCCUACUCGGUGCUGGUCCUCCAGGAGGGCUUUUCGGAGGAGCUUUGCGACGGCAGCACCCGAGCGGACGGGACCGGGGUCCCUGGGGCCGUGAGCGGCUGCUGGCGGGGCUGGCCGAGCAGGGCGUGUCCCCUCGAGACAUCCGCCACGUGGUCUGCACCCACGGCCACUCUGACCACGUGGGCAACCUCAACCUCUUCCCCGAGGCCCUGCUGGUCGUGGGCACGGACGUCAGCCGGCCUGAUGGACGUUACCUCCCCACGGAUCUGCGCCGGGGGCUCCCCUACCCACUCCACGUGGGGCACCUGGAUGUGCUGCCCACCCCGGGCCACACGGGGAACGACGUCAGCCUGCUGGUCCACGGCACUUCCCUGGGGGACGUCCUGGUGGCCGGAGACCUUUUUGAGCAUGAGGGAGACGAUGGAGAGUGGGAGCCGCUUAGCGAGGACCCUGCGCGGCAGGCAGAGAGCAGGGCCCGUGCCCUGGGCAUGGCGGAUGUCAUUGUGCCAGGGCAUGGGGGGCCCUUCCAAGUCUUCAGGGAAGGAGUUGGGUCUCGAGGGGAGGGUCUGGGUGGACUCCACGGCCCCAGCCAAGAGCUGCGGAGCUCUGCGCCCCCAAACACAAAUGGUGACCAAGAGGAUGAAGGAUUUGGAAACUAAGCCUUGUGAGGAGCGGUUGAGGGAGGUGGGGGUGCUUAGCCUGGAAAAGAGGAGACCAAGAGGAGAUCGGAGAGGCAACUUCAAAUAUCUCAAGGGCUGCCCCAUGGAAGAUGGUACCAGCUUCUUUUCUGCCGCUCCAGAGGGGAGGGCCCAAGCCAAUGGCUUCAAGCUCCAAGAAAGGAGAUUCCGACUCAACAUCAGGAAGAAUUUUCUGACGGUGAUGGUUCCAGCCGUCCACAUCCAGGCCACCGGGCGCAAAGGCUGCUGUGGGAACCGCUGCGGGAUGUUCCUUUCGAUCAUCUUCGCAGCUGUGGGGGCCUUGGGAGCCGUUUACGCCGUCGCCACCUCCUCUCUGGGCCUCGUUCACGGGCCCCUGUGCCAGUACCAACUGACCAACGGGACGCUGGGGUGGGGCCGCCCCUUUGAGAGCAGCGUGGAGGACUUCAGCGAGAAGAACUACCUCUUUGAUACGAGCUUGUGGGACGUCUGCCUGGACCCCCCCGGCGUCACCCGCUUCAACGUCAUCCUCUUCUCCCUCAUCCUGGCCUCUGGCUUGGUGGAGUUUUGCCUCUGCGUCCUGCAGGUCCUCAACGGGCUUUUCGGCUGCGUCUGCGGAACCUGCAACGAGGAAGAAAAGGAAACCUACCACUGAUCCCUCGCUGGCUUCCUGCUCGUGCGGCUCCCCCACCGACCUCCCCCUCUACGAUCCCGUGAUAUAUCUAUAUAUUUUUAGCUGAGAUUCCUGCAUUGCAGGGGGUUGGGCUGGAUGACCCCCGGAGGUCCCAACAUGAUGAUUUUUGUGAUUCUUUAGGUGCAUUUCCUGCCUAGAAGCGAGAGGAGCACCUUUGCCCUCUGUCUCUAUCUCUGCCUUCCGAAUCAGAGCAGCUACAAUAAACCGUUCCCCCCGCC